UAUCACAUCAGCAUCACAUUUUAUUAUUUAUUAAUUGCGUAAUAAUUUGCACUAUUCGUGGUUAACUUGAACUGCGUUUAAUUAAAUAAUACUGAAUAAUUCAUAUAGAGAUCAAAACUUUGUCAAGUGUAAUGAAGUGCUAUUCAUGACACGAAGGUUAAAUUAGAAAGCUACAUGAUAAGUGAUAAUGGCUAUAUGUAACUGUAAACAAUAGUAAUUAAUUACUGUUUUUAAGAGAAAUAGUCGUCUACCAUGUAUUCGAGGUGUGGUAGUAGUGGUUCUAUCCAGAACAUGCACCAGACGCCGUCGUCAUCCAACCAUAAUUCAGACGAUGACGAUGACAGCGGGGACAACAAAGCUUCCGCGCUCAGUUUUAAGGAGAGAAGAAGAGAGGCCCACACUCAGGCCGAGCAGAAGAGAAGGGAUGCCAUAAAGAAGGGGUACGACUCCCUGCAGGAGCUGGUGCCCACCUGCCAGCAGACAGAUGCUUCUGGCUACAAACCCAGUAAAGCUGCAGUUCUCCAAAAAUCAAUAGACUACAUACAAUACCUGCUGCAGCAGAGACGUCGACAGGAGGACGAGCGGAAUGCGCUCCGGAAGGACGUGGUAGCGCUACGCAUCAUGCAAGCCAACUAUGAGCAGAUUGUGAAGGCGCAGCACUCUGUGCCGGGGCAUAAUGAGCAACGGCUCACUGAUCAGGAUAAGUUUCAAGUUUUUCAGGGUAUAAUGGACAAGCUGUACGACUCGUUCGAGUCCGUGCCGACGAACAACUUCGCUGAGUUCUCAGCGGGCGUGUUUAACUGGCUGGAGGAGUACUGCAAGCCGCAGUCUCUGCGGACCAUGGUGCACGGUGUGCUGCGGGAGCAGAGCUACACACCAUAGAUAGUUAACGU